UUUGUUUCCUUUAUUUCUCUUUCGUUUUAGUAUUGUACAACAAAAAAGAAACUAGAUUAAACACUUGUCUCAAUCAACCAAUCACAAGAAUCCAAAAGACUGAACUCUGACCAACCCAUUUCGCCGGCAAUGAAUAUCUCCGACUCCGGCAACGCCGUAUGUCACGUUGUGGCGAUGCCAUUUCCAGGAAGAGGACACAUCAACCCUAUGCUAAGCUUCUGCAAAAUCCUAACCUCUCAAAAACCCAACAACCUUCUCAUCACUUUCGUACUCACAGAAGAGUGGCUCACCUUCAUCGGCGCCGAUCCAAAGCCAGAAUCCAUCCGCUUUGCCACCAUUCCCAACGUUAUCCCGCCGGAGCGGGAGAAAGCCGGCGAUUUUCCUGGUUUCUAUGAAGCUGUCAUGACAAAGAUGGAAGCACCGUUUGAGAAGCUUCUUGAUCAGCUUGAGUUGCCGGUGGAUGUGAUUGUUGGUGAUGUUGAACUAAGAUGGCCAGUUAAUGUUGGUAAUCGGAGGAAUGUUCCGGUGGCGGCGUUUUGGACUAUGUCUGCGUCGUUUUACUCUAUGUUGCAUCAUCUUGAUGUGUUUUCACGAAAACAUCACCUAACUGUUGAUAAACUGGAUGAACAAGCAGAGAACAUCCCAGGAAUUUCUUCAUUUCAUAUAGAAGACGUUCAAACCGUACUUUGCAAAAACGAUCAUCAAGUUUUGCAGCUUGCAUUGGGAUGCAUUUCCAAGGUGCCAAAAGCGAAUUAUCUUCUUCUCACCACAGUCCAAGAGUUAGAAGCUGAAACCAUUGAUUCCCUGAAAUCUAUAUUCCCCUUUCCAAUCUAUCCUAUUGGCCCUUCAAUACCUUAUUUAGAUAUCGAAGAAAAAAAUCCAGCCAACACCGAUCAUAGCCAGGACUAUAUAAAAUGGCUAGAUUCACAACCAUCUGAAUCUGUACUAUACAUUUCAUUAGGUAGUUUCCUUUCAGUGUCUAAUGCACAAAUGGACGAAAUCGUUGAAGCACUAAACAAUAGCGGAAUACGAUACCUUUACGUGGCUCGCGGGGAAACGUCGCGAUUAAAAGACAAGUGUGGAGAUAAAGGCAUGGUGAUACCAUGGUGUGAUCAACUUAAAGUGUUGUCUCAUUCUUCUAUAGGUGGAUUUUGGAGCCAUUGUGGAUGGAAUUCAACUUUGGAAACUGUUUUUGCUGGUGUACCAAUUUUGACAUUCCCUCUUUUCUUGGAUCAAGUUCCUAAUAGUACUCAAAUUGUUGAUGAAUGGAAAAAUGGGUGGAAGGUAGAGAUACAAUCAAAGUUGGAGAGUGAUGUGAUUCUUGCAAAAGAAGAUAUAGAAGAGUUGGUUAAGAGGUUUAUGGAUCUUGAAAACCAAGAGGGGAAGAAAAUUAGAGAUAGAGCGAGAGAACUGAAGGUUAUGUUUCGUAAAGCGAUUGGUAAAGGCGGAUCUUCAGAUAGGAACCUCGACGCAUUUAUCAGUGACAUUUCAUCUUGAAGGUCACUGAUACCACCGGUGUCUAGUGCAAAUGAUUGGUGCGUAGUGUGUGUUACAAACCAUAUGGUACCAAUUUUGAUUCCGACUAAUGAAACAAAAUUCAAGGCCACCGACGUGUUGAGCAGGUUUGGUUUAGUUACAGAAAUAAGCAAUGCAUUAAUGGGAUGAAGGGUAUUGUAAUAACGUAUAAGCAAACUGCAGCAUGUAUCAUUAUGUGUAAUUUACUCAUCAAAGUUUCAUAGUAGGGUAAGCAUACUUUUCUUAAAGAAGCAUUUAGUUGCAUACUUGCUGAAGAUAAUGUUUUGAUUGGCAUUUAGCACUUUUUUUUACAAUUGGCUAUAAUUGGACAACAAGCUAUAUAAUUUUAAAA